AUGCCGCUCGUGAUCCCAGACUCGAGUCAGAUCCCCACCGUUGUGGGAGACUAUGCGAGCGUCACCACCGAGGCGCUCCGUGGGCUCAACGCAGACACGCUCGUUCAUGAGAUCAAGCGACUCCAGGACAGCGUCUCACGCCUUGAAGACUCGAACCGCCAAAUCGAACAAUUUGUUCACGAGUCCGGCAACGAUCUCAGCGACAAUGACCGCAAAGAGAUGAACAACGCCUGCAGCGACAACGACGGCACCAUCUCAAAGCAGAACGACGUCGUCGAAAAGCUGUUCGAUGUGCUGCAAGAGAAGACGGGCAACGAUACGCAAGCCCACUAUGGCCUCACUCGUCCAUCCGAGGCGGUGGGGACCGCCGCACAGCCGACUUCAACCCCGACUCCGAUGCAGGAGGACUCCGAAGGCGUCUUUCUCUGA